AUGAUGAAGGAUACAGUCACAAGAUUUGCUAGACAUGUCGUUGGUCCCAAAGUCAUGGAAAUGGAUGAAGAAGAGAGAAUGGAUAAGGGUGUUUUAAAGUCAUUAUUUGAAUCAGGUCUGAUGGGUAUUGAGAUUGAGCCAGAAUACGAGGGAUCAGGAUGCUCAUUCACUUCGGCCAUUUUGGCGAUCGAAGAAUUAGCAAAGGUUGAUCCAGCCAUCAGUGUCCUCUGUGAUAUUCAUAACACAUUGAUCAAUACAAUGAUCCGUAAGUAUGGUACCGAGGCCAUCAAGAAAAAAUAUCUGCCUCGCCUUGCUACAGACACCAUUGGCAGUUUCGCAAUCUCUGAAGCAGGCUCAGGCAGCGAUGCAUUUGCCUUAGUUACAAAGGCGGAAGAUAAGGGCGAUCAUUAUGUUUUGAAUGGAAGCAAGAUGUGGAUCAGUAAUUCAGCUGAAGCAGAACUUAUGAUUGUUUUUGCCAACACAAACCCUUCUGCAGGAUACAAAGGAAUUACAGCCUUUUUGGUUGAAAAGCAGUGGGGAAUCAAGAUUGCAAAAAGGGAAAAAAAGCUUGGUAUCAAAGCUUCAUCAACCUGCGAAUUAAGCUUUGAAGAUGUUAGAGUGCCAAAAGAGAAUGUUUUGGGAGUUGUUGGUCAAGGAUAUAAAUAUGCUAUUGAGUCUCUCAAUGAAGGUCGUAUUGGUAUUGCAGCUCAAAUGGUUGGACUAGCUCAAGGAGCAUUUGAUAUUGCCUUACCGUACAUUAUGGAGCGUAAACAGUUUGGUAAACCGGUCGGGGAGUUCCAAGGGAUGCAGCAUCAAUAUGCACAAGUUGCUGUUGAGAUUGAGGCAGCUAGAUUGCUUACAUAUAAUGCUGCACGCCUAAAAGAAGAAGGCAAGCCUUUUGUAAUGGAAGCAGCUAUGGCAAAACUUUACGCUUCAAAAAUAGCAGAGAAGUCUGCAAGUUAUGCUGUUGAAUGGAUGGGUGGAAAUGGAUUUGUUCGUGAAACAGGCGUAGAAAAGUUCUACCGAGAUGCAAAGAUUGGUGCAAUUUAUGAAGGUACAAGCAACAUCCAACUUCAGACUAUCGCAAAAAUUGUCGCAAGCAAAUACGCUUAA